CAGGGUAGCCCCAACCUGUUGCUACCUCGUGACCAUUUGAAAAAUGUCCAGUGUUGAGACGUGUUGUCAGUGUGUUCACGUAUACGUUGUUAAGCCGGUUUGGCGGCGGAAAUGGUACGCAGCGAUCAUCCUAUUGGGAAUUGUGUCGAUUCUUUUGAUCCAAAAAUCGAUGUACGCGUCUGAUCUAUCUAUCGAUCAGAUGAAACAGGACUCGUACGUGGAAAAAGUUUAUCAGGAUGUUUUGAAUAGGUGGUAUAACUUUACCGACGGUGUUAGAUGGUACAAUGACAAAAUACUAUCGCCAUCGGAUACGGCAGAUUGGGAGCGGUACAUGGCCGACAUACGCAAACAUUGGAUACUUUGGAAAUAUAAUCCGAACGAAUCGUAUAACCUCGAAAAUCCAAACCUCGACGAUCCGUCAAUGGGUCAGGCUGAAAUUAUUCGAGAUAUUUUCAAAGAUAAGACAAAUGGUUUCUUUGUGGAAUGUGGCGCUUACGACGGAGAAACAAGAAGUAACACCUUGGUGCUGGAACGAUUUCUCGAUUGGACAGGUCUUCUCGUUGAAGCGGAUCCUCUGAAUUUUAGCAAGAUGUUGCAUAAAAAUAGAAAGGCUUACCUUACGCCCACAUGUCUUGCCAUUGAGCCACAUCCCUCGGUGAAUUCCUUCUUGAUGGCGAAUAACGUGGGACGUCUUCACGAGGAAAACGAUUCUGACAGCCUGUUGCAGAAUUCACCUGACGUUGCUUACAGCGGUGUUCACAUUUCUGUACAGUGUUUCCCAUUCAUAGAUUUAAUGACCGCCCUCAACGUAACCACUGUGAACUACUUCAGCCUCGACAUAGAGGGCCACGAGCUUCAAGUGUUGAAAACGAUCCCGUUUGAUAGGAUAAACAUAGAGACGCUCUCGGUGGAAUUUUCGCAUGUUGAAAAUGGCAAAAAGGAGCUGACUGAUUUUAUGGAGUCCAAGGGUUACUACGUGUACUCGAUGGUCGUUAGAAGUGAUAGGCUAGCUCACGAUAUAAUUUUCGUGAAAGACGAUUACAGAAAGUCUAAUUCUCUAGAGUAAUAUUCUGCUAGACA